UUGAAUUAGGCACUAGAAGCAAUGAGGUCAUCAUAUCCUGCAUCAACAUUUACUGCUGCAAACUUAAAAGAAAAUAUACCCAAAAAUUCGGUAAAGAAUAUCCUUCCACAUGACGAUUUUCGACCAUACCUUAUGUCAUACGGAAAAACAAGAAAUGAUUACAUCAACGCAGUGAUUAUACCUGGAUACAGAGAUGAAAGCCGAUUCUUCGUAACACAAUGUCCACUGAAAGAAACUGUUGAGGAUUUCUGGACAAUGAUAUAUGACCAUAAUUCAAGAAUCAUUGUGAUUUUGGAUCAAGUCUACAAAAAUGCAAAGCUUUGGUUAGGAAAAUCGGAAACACUUACGAUUGGUGACUUUGCAAUACUUUUAGAAGAGGAGCAUACUGUAGAUGAGUUGAAAAUUGCUUUGAAAUAUAAGAAACAACCAGAAAAAAGAACAAUAAGUGUGUUUACGAUAAGUGACUGGCAAGGUGCUACACUACCUGCAACAAAGAUGAUGGUGGAGCUUCUGAAGAGUGUCGUUGAUAGCUGGAAAUCACAAAAAUGUCCAAUUACGGUCGUUUGCAGAGAUGGAUGCACCAAAAGUGGGUUGUUUAUUGCACUUUGUUUAACUUUUGACAAAAUGAAAAUAGACGAAGAGGUCGAUGUCUUUCAAGUGGUAAGGAAUAUUCAAACAAGGCGUCCAGAAUUCUUUAAGAAUUGUGAGCAGUAUGAAUAUUGCUACAGAUGUAUCAAAGAACUACUGGAAGCAGAAUCAAUGUAUGCAAAUACUUAAUGAGGCAAAAAUUGCGUACAUAUAUAAACAGUUUAAGCUAUAUACCAUUUCAAUUAAUGUUAAACAAUUUGAAAAAAAGUUUUUGUUGUACAUAUAAUAUGAAUUUAAGACGGUAGCCAUGAAUACAUGAAUAUCGUUUAAUUGGACAAUAUUUAAAUGUUUACUGAAGUAAAAUUACUGUUUAAUAGAAAAUAUAGGCAAUUCAUAAUUAAAAAAGUAACACAAAAAAGAAAUUGUGUGCAAUUGUCGUAAAAAUAUAAGCUAAGAAACUUGAAUAGUCUUUAAACGUGGCAUAAAAGACUUAGGCAACCUGUGGGACGGCUUUUGAAAAAAUAAUCAAAACAAUUAGUUUCCACAAUUAACCCAGGUUAAACAACAAAUUAAGAAAAAAGAAGAUAUUCCUAUAGAUAUUUUUUGAAUGGCCUCAAUAUGACUUGACCGCAUUUGGAUGCCGCCAAGGUGCUGUUGUCAUCUUUGAUACUUGUUUGUAUGAUAUGGCGUGUAAUUCAUAUUUUUUGUAGACAUGUGUGUAUAUUUUAUGCAAAUACUUAUGCUAAUAUUUCGUCGAUAAUCUGCUGCUUGAAUCAUAAUUUGUAUGCCCCACCUACUAUAGUAGAGGGACAAUAUGUUUUCUGGUCUGUCCGUUCGUUCGUUCGUUCGUCCGUUCGUUCGUUCGUUCGUCCGUUUGUCUGUUCGUUCAUCCGUGCGUCCGGCCAUGCAUCCAUUCGUUUGUCUGUCUCGAUUCAGGUUAUUUUUUUUGUCAAGGUAGUUUUCGAUGUAGCUGAAGUCCAAUCAACUUGAAACUUACUUCACUUGUUGCUUAUGAUGUGAUCUUUCGAAUUGUAAAGCCAAAUUAGCCUUUUGAACCCCCAAUUUUACGUUCCACCGAAUAUAGAAAAUGAUAAAUGGAGUUUCAUGUUAAAGUUUUCGGUCAAGGUAGUUUUUGAUGAAGUUGAAGUCCAAUCAACUUGAAACUUAGUCCACAUAUUCCUAAUGGUAUGAUUUUUCACAUUUUUUUAUGCCAAAUACGUUUUUAAACCCAUUUUUACAGUCCAUUGAACAUGGAAAAUCAUAGUGCGAGUGGAGCAUCCGUGUACACAUUCUUGUUUAAUAUGAUUUUACAAUGUUUCAUUCUCAGUAGUUCG